CUAAGCUCCAUCCCCAGAAAAAAACCGAACAUAACCACCAAACCCAGCUCUCUCUCCUCCCCUGUCGCUCCCUCCGUUGGCCUUCUCCCAUUGCUGGCCCUCAACCUCCAUUAAUGGGAGACCCUAACCCUAAGCUCAGUCCCAAUGCAGACACGGACACCUCUCCGUCAACCUCCUCCGCCCCUCCCCCACCUCCGCCACCUCGCCAGCAGCUCUCCCUCGUCCAACCUUCUACCAAGAAGAAACACAAACCCAUCAAAGUCUUCCGCGUCUUCCGCUCCGUCUUCCGUUCGUUCCCCAUAAUCACACCCGCAUGCAAGUUCCCAUAUUUCCCCACCGGAUUCCCGGAUGGCAACAAGGUCUCCGGCAUCCGCAUCACCGGCACUCUCUUCGGCUACCGCAAAGGAAAAGUGACCCUGUCGCUGCAAGAGAACCCCAAGUGCCUCCCCAUGCUGGUGGUGGAGCUAGCCAUGUUGACGAAUGUGUUGCAGAAGGAGAUGGGCACCGGAAUGGUGAGGAUCGCGCUGGAGUGCGAGAAGAAACCGGAGAAAGACAAGACGAAGCUGAUGGAGGAGCCGCUGUGGACCAUGUACUAUAAUGGCAAGAAGAGUGGGUACGGCGUGAAGAGAGAGGCGUCGGAGGAGGAUCUGUAUAUAAUGGAGGUGCUCAAGGCUGUGUCCAUGGGCGCCGGAGUCUUGCCGGGAAAUGCAGAGGCGGAGGGGCAGGACGACGAGUUAGCUUACAUACGGGCCCAUUUUGAGCGCGUGGUGGGCUCGAAGGACUCUGAGACUCUCUACAUGUUGAGCCCUGAAGGAAAUAAUGGCCCUGAGCUCAGUAUCUUCUUUGUAAGGAUUUGAUGGAGAUCGAACGGUGAAUCCGGAGGGCACUUGGCGGUCAUUGAGGUUGUAGAGUACUAUCACCGAGAGUGAUUUUUUCUCCUGGUAAGGAGAAAGGUCAUUAGGGUUUUUGGAUGUAGGUGAGGGAGCAAGGAAACCACUCGGUAAGGUGUAAU